AUGCCAUCUCCACCCAAACCCUGGGAAGUCAACAAUGCAGGAUCUACUGCUGCAGCUACCUCUACAGCAGUAACGUCACCUACAACUGCAGCAUCAAUGACUCAAGAUUCAACUACUGCACCACCUGUUCCAACUCGAUCUUCAGCAGCAGCAGCUAGCACAUUGAACUCGUCAACAGGUUAUGGAACGGCAGGUUAUGGCACUACAGGCUAUGGUACAACCGGCUAUGGUGGCAUGGGCAGCUAUGGUUCUAGUUACGGCGGACUCGGCGGUUAUGGUGGCAUGAGCAGCUAUGGCAGCUAUGGCGGCAUGGGCGGCUAUGGCAGCAGCUAUGGACGAUACGGUGGCAUGGGCGGCUACGGUAGCUAUGGAGGCUAUGGUGGCUAUGGCAGCUAUGGUGGCAUGGGCGGCUAUGGUGGAUACAAUCGAUUCGGCUAUGGCAAUCGAAUGAUGGGCGGUGGUCCUGAGGGAGAAAUGGGCCUUACACAACGUAUGGAAAUGGGCACUCGACCGGCCUUUGAAGUCAUCGAACAGAUCGUGGGUGCAUUUGGCGGCUUUGCACAAAUGUUGGAUUCAACCUUUAUGGCCACCCAUUCAAGUUUUAUGGCCAUUGUCGGCAUGGCAGAACAACUUGGCUAUUUACGCAACUACCUUGGCCAAGUCUUUAGCGUCCUGGCGUUAUACCGAUUAACACGCCGUUUCAUCAACAAGAUCUUGGGUCGUGUUGAACCUGGCAAACCUGAUCAAAUGAACUUUAUGGAGUUCCAGCAAUUCGAAUCCAAGAUGGCCAACAAGCCCAAACUUUCACGCAAACCCAUCUUCAUCUUUUUAUUCAUGGUGAUCGGUCUUCCUUACUUGAUGCACAAAUUGAUUCAACUCAUCACCGCCAAACAACAAGAACAAAUGAAGCUUCAAGGUGUUAACCCACAAGAUCCCAUGAGCCUUGCAAAGAUUGAUCCAGCCAAACUCGAAUUUGCUCGUGCCACUUAUGACUUUACAGCAGAAUCACCCAAUGAACUCAAUCUGAAAAAGGGUGAUAUCGUCGCCAUCCUGUCAAAGAACGAUCCCGUCACAAAUCAACCUAGUCAAUGGUGGAGAGGUCGACUGAGGGAUGGUCGCAUGGGCAUGUUCCCCGCCAACUAUGUAGAAAUCGUUCAAAAGGCACCACCACCCACACCACAAGAAAAUGAUGUAGCAGCAACACCAACACCAGCAACACCAGCAGCAACACCCGUUACCACCACCACCGCAUCCUAG